GUACCGCUCCUGUUGUGUCCUCUAGACAUAUUUGUGCCUCUUUUAGCUUCGAUAUUGUUUUGUUUCAGCUCAUCAGUUGAUUGCAGUAACAUAUCUCAUUUUCGUGUUCGCAACAUCACUGGCUACCUAAAUUUACAUAUAUUCCCCCAAAAAAAUGUUGCCCAGUAAAUUUGGGUGACUGUUAUUUCUCUCUCAUUUUUUUGCUCCAUCCAUUUAAUUCCCAUGCCAAGGUUCAGCUUAGGCAGUGCAAUCUAAUACCCUGUUCUUUGCAUGCACGUCAGAAAUCGGAAUCGGUUUCAUAAUAUAGUUUGCACAAAAAUUAAAAAGAAUAAAAAUUCUAGUCACCCCAAAAACCAAAAUUAGUAAACAUGGAAGCUUUAGGGUGGUUGCGAUGCAGGCCACAUAAUAAAUGGUAAACUUGACUUCGACGGUUGAGGCACAAACCUGCCUCUCUCCGUUUUAGAUUUCCAUGGCACACUAUUUAAUUUAAGCUGACGAAAACAGGGAUAGAAAAAGAGCACAGAUCUCUAGUAAGAGGCAAGGGACGCAGGAAGUCGCCUAAUUCUUUUAUUGAAUUAGGCACUUCUUCGUCCCACAAUUGUCUCUCUCUUUUUGUAUAUAAUAUAGUACUCAUUUUCAAUCCACAGGACCUAAGCAACACUUGAUUCAAUUAUGGACGGAUUGGCUGGCCUCUUGAAAGUGCGGGUGGUUCGUGGGAUCAACCUAGCCUACCGUGAUGCAAGAGGCAGCGAUCCAUAUGUUGUCCUACGACUUGGCAAGAAGAAACUGAAGACAAGUGUGAAGAAGAGAUCUGUCAAUCCCAUCUGGCAUGAAGAGCUAACUUUGACGGUCACGAAUCCCAGUGAACCACUUAAGCUUGAGGUGUUUGACAAGGACACUUUCAGCAGAGAUGACCCUAUGGGAGACGCAGAGAUCGAUGUAGCACCCUUGAUGGAAGCUAUAAGUAUGAACCCGGAGGACAUUAGGAACGGUGCCAUCAUAAAGUCUGUCCGACCAAGCACCCGGAAUUGCCUCGCAGAUGAGAGCCACGUUUGCUGGAGGAACGGUAGGUUUGUCCAGGAUAUGAUUCUCCGGCUGAAGAACGUUGAGAGUGGAGAGAUACAGCUCCAGCUGCAAUGGGUAAACAUUUCUGGUGCCAAGUAAUCCACAAUUUCCAAAUGAAAUCAUAGCUCUUCCUCCCAUUGCCGUGGGAAUCUUCUGAUCGAUGAGCACUAAAGGCUUGAUUUUGAUGACAUGUUGGGAUGCCUUCCUUUGUUUAUAACUGGGAAAUGAAGCAUUCCAUUUCAAUCGCAUUUUCACCUGUUGUGAAUGUCGGAUUGUAACUUAACCAGCAAUGGGGUCAGGGUAGUCAAUGUUGGUAGGGGCAAAGGGGAGAAAAUAAAGCGCCGCCGAAAUGUAUCCGGGUCACAAUUUGUAAAGUUUGGGACAUAUAAUUGAACUCAAGUGGUAGGAUCCUGUUUUGGCAACACCAUAUCCUUGUUUGGAUCGGUCCAAAUGCUUAUUGCUGCAAUGUUUA